AUGUCGACCGACCAGCCCGCCCAGAAUCUCCCGAGACGAGAGGGCUUCAUCAGCUUCCCUACACCACUAGUGUCAACACCACCGUCAAUUUGGUACGAAAUAUUUGGCCUGUGGCCACCGGCAGAGGAAUCAAGACCAGGCCUCACACUACAUGGCGGGCCGGGCUAUACGCACGACUAUCUUUUGAGCUUCGCCGAUCUAUGCCACUCUCCCGCCAAUUUGACUGUCAUUUUCUUCGACCAGCUGGGGUCAGGAAGGUCGACUCAUUUCCGCGAGAAACUCCAUGACGAGGCAUUCUGGACCGAGCAGUUCUUCUUGGACCAAGUCACCGCGGUGGUAAAUUACCUUCGUAUCGGGCAGGCCUACGACGUGAUCGGCCACUCUUGGGGCGGCAUGUUAGGAGCAGCUCACGCUGCACGCCAGCCACAAGGCUUGAAGCACCUCGUCAUUGCCCACGCACCUCCCGCAAGCAAGUUCUGGCUCCAGAAGUACAAAGAAUUUAGGGAGACCAUGCCGGAGCCCCACCAUCAGAUCCUGUUGGAGACUAGGACCAUCGAGUCGUCUCUCGAGCCACGGUAUUUGGAAGCGAUAGGGGCGGUCAACCGACGAUUCUUUAUGACAUGUGAUCCACUGCCUGAAGGACUGGUGGCAAGCUACGAGGACAUGGGCAAGGAUCGAACCGCCACUUUGAGCUGCUUAGGACCGGAUGAGUUUGAAUGGACGGGGUUCAUGGCAAGUUGGUCCAUCAUCGACAAUAUUGUGGACAUCAAGUGCAAAACGUUGGUCCUUGUCGGCACCAAUCAAGGCGUGGACCACGACGAAGCCAUGGCUCUGUGGAGAACCAGAUUGCUGGACCAUUCGUUUGUGAAAUUCCCUCGCUCGAAACAUUUUUCGCAUUGGGAAGAAAGGUCCAAAUGCAUGGAAGUGAUAUCCGAGUUUUUAAACUCCUGA